GACGCACUCGAGCAUCAACCGCCAAACACCACAAGCAACCUAUUCAACUUGUGGGAUGAUACUGCUCUCAGUGAUACCUCUUCCGUGCAAUUCGAAACGACAACAGAUGACGAUAUAUCCACACAAGGAGAUGACAUCACUGAACUUCCAUCCCUGUUUUAUUCUCAACGAGGCUCGAUCACAUCACAUUCAUCAUCUCACACAUUGACAGGCUUUCCUGCUACUAGGAGACAAGCGAAACUAUUGUACACUAAAGCAUCUCAAUCCAUACCAGUCAUACCCACCAGAGGCGCUUUAAAGAAGCUAUCAAAGAAAACCAUGAUUAUGCCUAUCACGUUAGCGGAAGAGGGUGAUAUUGAUCUAGACGAAGAUUUGCGAGAAGUACACUCUGCAUUACAACUCUUUUUAAACUCAAGAAUGAGUGAUGCAGAAGAUUUACUUUUUAUUAAAAGCAAGACUUCUCUAUAUCACUCUCUAGGAUAUUCAUUCGUCUGCUAUCUAAAGUCACUAAUGACGUUUGAGCCUCAGGAUAUUAAGAAAGCCAUCAGCGCACUGAAAGUAACCGUAUACAUUGCUUCCGUAUUGAGAAAGAAAGAAGGACUAUUCGGAUCACUGUCCUCCAUCAUCCGAACUGCAGCUGGAGUAUCUGCAUUGAAAUCAAUGUCAAGGUUACAAAGACACGCUGAAUUAGUCUACGCUGAAGCGUAUUUGCUCAAGGCUGUACUCAGCAUAUUUUAUGACAACUCGCUUGUCUCUUUCAUAAGAGAAGGAAUUAAUAUUAGGAAUAGUUACCUCAUAUAUCGGAACUUGUCAAAGUUCAUGGAGCACAUACACGAAGAAGAAGAAAUUUCGAACUUCGAAGUAGACAGUCACUUUAGUUCUGGUGUAUCGCUUGGAAUGGGCUUAUUUAACUUGAUGUUAUCUCUUCUUCCACCGGGAGUUCUUAAAUUCGUACAGUUUGUUGGAUUCUCCGGUGAUAGAGACCACGCAUUGAAAAUACUGGAAUCAUGUGGAGGAUGGACAAGUGAUCCAUCGCAAAAAGUACCCGAUAUCACUAUUGAGGAAGAAGGAAUAAGAAGGCCGUUCUGUGAUCUGGCUUUGUUGACUUAUCAUCUAAUUAUUAGCAAUCUUGUUCCUGUUGCUGAUACGAACAAGGCACUUGCCGCUAAAGUGCUGGAUUAUAACCUGCAACGAUAUCCCAACGGAGUCUUAUUCUUGUACUUUUCUGGGAGACUCAAUCAAUCAGAAUCCUACAUUCACGAAGCGAUAGAACAGUAUAAAACGGCAAUAUCGAUUCAGAAGCAAUGGAAGCAAUUGCAUCACAUCUGCUACUGGGAGAUGGCAUUGAAUUAUCAGUGUCUAAUGGAUUUCGAGAAUGCGUACGAAUGUUUUAAGACUCUUUGCAAGGAGUCAAUGUGGAGUAAAUGUAUAUAUCUGUAUCAUCAGGCUAUAUGCUUGUAUACUUUAGGGAAGCAAGAGGAUAUGGAUCGAGUCAUCAAGAUGCUGAAGAAAGUACCAAAAUUGAUUCAGCGUAUUGCAGGAAAGUCUAUUCCAUUAGAGAAAUUCGUUGCCCGCAAAGCCCGCAAGUUUAUAUCCCAAGGUUAUCGCUUACUACUCCCUGCAUAUGAACUAACUUACAUCUGGAACUCCUACGAUGUAAUGCCUUUGGUUCCUCUACUCCGCUCUUUAUCUACUAUUGAAUUAACUAUUGACAAUCUGGACUCCGUCAAAGACAACCAAUUCUAUGUAAAUUAUUGGGAUGACGUUUGCUUAGCCUAUCUCCUUCGCGGAGUUCUUCUUUCAAAGAUAGCCUUCCCCAACAAUCCCGAAGACGAAAAAGCUUGCAAGAACAACAAAGAUAAUUCAACGUCAACCUGUGCCACUGCUAUUGCGUCAUUUCAAUAUGCGAUUAGGAAGGGAGCUUGUAUCAAAUUGGAUCAUUAUAUCGUGCAUUUUGCCCGAUUCGAACUGGGAAGGUUAUAUACAAAUAUGAAAGAGUUUGGAAAGGCUAGGUCGGAGUUUCAGAGGGUACUUGAUGGUGGGGAUGGAACUGAAAAGAGGAAUGGGAAGUAUUCGUUGGAAAGCAUGCUAUUGCUGAGGACGUAUAAUGCAAUGUCGGAUAGAAUCAAUGAGAAAGAUCGUUGA